UGGCCGACGUGUUCUCUACCUAGCGUAACGCGAUGUGAUUGAUGAAAAUGUCUUGUACUGUUCCUGUAUUUGCUUUGAUACAAGAUGUAAAUAGGGUAAUUUCAAUUUUGAAUGAUGCUCCUGUAUCAGGAGAACAAAACGUAAAGGAUAAUGUAGAAGGGUGGGAUGAUGAUAGUGAAGAGUGGGGCUGGACGGAAGCGGUUGAAAGUGAGCCUGAAGUAGCAUCCACUUCAUGGCUACAAGAGUGUUCCAUCUCCUUGUCACCAUCAAAUGAUACUUUGGCUAUAGCAAAAAAUGACAAAGCUGUUUUCCUGACCAGCAGAUGGAUUAAGCCAUCGGAUAGCCAGCCAAGCACAAAAUAUGAAAUAGUGUGGAGUGGUAGUCUUGCCACAGAAGAAGGGGAAUGUGUUACAGAUAUAUUGUGCAUACCAUUGGCUUCUCAACACAAAAGCUCUCAAGGAUCACCAGACUGGACUUGCAUUGUGGCUGGAUUUACAUCUGGAUACAUGAGGAUCUAUUUACAGAAUGGAUUUCUGUUGCUGUCUCAGUUUCUGCAUGAUGACUCAGUUUUAAGACUUAAAUGCAGAACUUGGCAGCCACAUAAGAAUUAUGGCACUGCUGAGCAGGUUGAGGAACUCGCCAUCCUGUACCCAACUGCUAUGGUUAUUAUCGAUGGUUUUAGUCUGUAUCAGUCACUGAGAGCUUGUAGAAACCAACUGGCGAGAGCUCAAGCCAGUGGCUUAUCUGGACUCAUUGGUCCACCUCCUCUUGCUUACAAAAAAUGGAGAUUCGAUGGUCAGGGGCACAUCACAGACAUUGCUAGUUGUGGUGUUGUACCUCCCAACAUGUUUGAUCAGUUGCAAACAGCCUCAUUCAUCGGAGGUUUCCAGGCAAGCAUCAGAAGUAGCAUGCCAGCCAUAUCUCAUUACAUCAGCACAGGGAAGGAGCCAUUUGUUGCAGUGUACACUUCCUUAGGGGGUAGUUCACCUUCUCUACUUUCAGACGUUGCAUUAGAAGUAGCUAGUAAAUUAACAACUGCAGUACUGUCAAAGCUUUCAGCAGCCAGUGGUUGGCUAGGAUGGGGUAGCAACCCAGCCAGUCAGUCAACAGAGACAUCAAAACGAGCAAAGCCCCAGGUGGAAAAAGGAACUUCUUUACCAGUCAGAUUUGGGUUGCCUGAUACACGUCGCCGUGGAACAAGCAUCACAUUAGCUCCUAAUGGACGUUUGGCCGUCACAACUGAUGAUUUUGGCCGAGUCAUGUUACUGGAUGUUAAGAAGACUAUUGUGGUCAGAAUAUGGAAAGGCUACCGUGAUGCUGAAUGUGGCUGGGUAAUGGUUAGCGAGGAGGAUCAUCAAGAAGAAGAACCACCCAAGAGCUCACUGAGAACAGCUCUGUUUCUUGUCAUCUAUGCCACAAAGAGAGGAAUCCUUGAAAUCUGGAGAACAGAGCAAGGGCCACGUGUGGCUGCCUUCAAUAUUGGAAAGGAUUGUAGGCUCUUGUAUGCUGGACAUGGAAUCAUGGGAUUAGGUCAUGUGAUCAGGCAGGGGCAGGCUCCCCCACAGCACACACUGAAUUGUACUCUUAUCCAAGGGGAUGGUACAUUGAAAACUUUCUCUGUACCAUUUCACUGUGCCCUGAGUGACAAGCAUAGUAAAAGAGUCAGGGAUUUACACCUUUUAAAAAAACUGUCAGUUCUUCUGGAUUCAACCAAGUCUGACCAAGAGUCCAAGGCAGAGAACAUGAACAAACUGGAAAAGGAUUUGUUAAACAUUCUCAGUGAUAUACAAACUCCACAACUACAUCAGCAGGGUCUUCAGUGUGUUUUGUCCACUGUGGGAAUUCCAUCCUCUGUCCUCCUUAAAGCUGUGACAACUGUGAAGGACACAGCACAAAAGCAAAGUCACACCUCAUAUGAUCAUGAAGAUGAAAGAGAAGACACUAAAUCACUUGUGGACUUUUGUGAUGUUCAGAGGCAAUUGAUAGAAACACAUGAUUCAAUCCAGAAACUUGACAAAGAGAAACCAGGUUCUGAGGGGAAACCAUGGAAAGGAAAGAGUAAAGAAAUGUCCAUAGCAAAUCUCCUUGGAGUUACAAAAUCUGAAGCAUCAGAGCUACUGUCUGCUCUCAAUCCAACUGACACAACUGCGCACAAGGGUACAAACCACUCAUUUCCCCAGCUGGCUGUAUCAUCUUUCCUUGGUUGUUUUGAGUACACUUCAGCUCACCAACAAGGCCUUGAAACAAAGGCUAAAACCCCAGAGAACACAGCUGGGCCAUCAAGAGUUGUAUUACCCAAUACAGUUGGAGUCAGGAAAGGCUUGUCCAAUGAUAUUACAAUUCAACUAGCAAGCUUUCUUUUCAAGAACUGCCUUUUAGGGGAUUGUUCGUCAAGCAGAUUAGCCAUUCCUCUUGAGUCAUCCGGCAUUAAACCUCAGCAUUUAAUGUUUAGUCACGUGUCACAUUACAAUUUUCCAUGCCAUAACUGUGGCCGUUUUAAUUUAUCUUUCCCAGGAGGCUUACCGAGUGAGAAUUCUUCAUCACAGUCGCAUGACAACGAUAUUUCACCUUGGUGGGAGAAUGUGCGACACACUCUAGCUCAGUCCACCUCAACCAACAGAGCACUGUCUCUUGCUGCAGUUUGCCGUUCUGUUGCCUUGGAAAUCAGUACAGCCUCAAAGAAAGUUGAGGACGAAGGGGACGCAGCCGAAAGAGAGGAACUGGCCGCUGGAGACUGGAUUUCAGUGUCAGUUGAGAUAGAGCGCUGGAACUUACUUGUAUUUCAGCUGACCGAUUUGCAAGCUCUUUCAGGCUUCAUCAACCGAUUGGCAGCUAAUAGUCAGAGAACCAAGCAAGCUGUUGAUAACAGUGGGUCAGCUGAGCUUUCAGUGGUCGGGUUCUUGAGUAGCGGCCCUGGCGCAGCUUCCAAAGUAAUAUCGAAGUACAUCGUACAAUGUCACAUCCCUGCAAGUCAUCUGGGAACUCCCCACCUACCAAGGAAGACAGAGACUCAAAAUCUGAGCGAGGCUGAGGACGAGGACAAGCCUGAAAUAGACUCUGAACCUGUAAUCCAAGUCGAACUCGAAGGUCUUAGCGAGUUGCGUCUGAGGUUUCCGCAUAGUCUAGAGCAAGAUAUACUAUGGGCUCACUGUGUUAUGGAGUGUGUAACUUACUGGCAAAGCAACAAAGAGGAAACUAGCAAGUUAUUCUUAGCUUUGGAGCAUUUGAGAUGUAUACACGUUCCUGCAUUGCAACAUGGCUUAGCAGUCACGGUUUGGAAAAGAUUCUUCAAAGAAACGAUAUCCGCCACCGUUAUGCUGAUGGAGAAGGUUGGAAAAGCACCCAAAGAUCGACUCUGUCGGAAGACUGUGGAGUUAAGUUUUGGUGCGUUGAAGCAGUUCCUUAAAGCCACUGUACUUCUCUUGGAUGUUAUAGCUGAGGUGGAAUGGACUGAAUCUCGACGACUAGCUUUGGAAACGGAGGAUUUCUGGCACACUGGUGAAACGGGUACAGAGUCCCUCAUUGAAGGGGCACAGGAGAAGCCAGAGAGUAAUGGACCUCUGGUCAAGCUUCAUGCCAAGCUGGUCACUGUUUUGUGGAUUGUGAUGGGAUUGGACAUGAAGAGUGUCAAACCGAUGACUCUCUUCGAUACAAAGAGUAAGGAUUCUUUCAUGAGGGAUCUCAGCUCCAGUCGUCCACUAUCGUCAAAUGAAGUCGACAAAGCCAUCGUUGAAACAAGAGAAAAGUUCUUCACUCGAGCCCUGUCCUUCACGGUCAGCGCUAUGUCGGCCCAGUCUCCCAACCCGAUACUCAGGCGAGAGGACAGUGAUACUGACAACAAGGGAGCAAUACUUGACACAACUAGCUGUGAUUGGCCGGCCGUGAUUUACAAGCUCGCAGAGCAGUUUGGGAUGGAAAGUGAUCCAUUUAAGCGUCAUUAUGUGCGGGAAUUGUACUCUGCUGGUUUUGAUGAGAUCGCCAAACAGACCAUGUUCUCAGUUCAUGACCAGCGGGCAUUGGCUUCUCACCUCUUAAGAAUUGUCGGACAGCGACUUGCAUACAUCAUCUUAGAUGCCUCGGAGUCAACUGAACGCGCGAAUCGAUUGUCUCGCCUACCAACUCAGAUAAGCAGCUGGAUCAGAUCACAGGAUCCUUCAAGGUUGUCCCGUCGUAUGGUUCCCCUGUCACACACUGUGGACCUUCUGCGUAUGGUGCUCAGUCUAACACCAGAGGAAUCCCCCGAUUACUCACUCACUUCCGGUCUAACCGAAACGAUCAAAUUCCUCCUUUAACUCUUUACUCCCGAACAGCAGUAUUCAUAUUCUCCACAGUGCUCUCCAUUCAUUUCCUAACGUGCUGAUGAGGAGAAUUUGAUAAUCAAUCAAGAGCUUCUUUGACUGGUGAUCAUUUCCUUUAUUCUCAUGAUCUUGAUGUGUGAUUCUGGAGUGAUGCUGUAAUGAGAAUUACAUUUCUAGUCAUUCUAAUGGGAUAAAAGGUUCUAAUGGGAAGGCAGUCGCUGUGGUUACCUCGCUGUUGAGUUUGUGAAAUAGAGCAAUCAAACCGUGAACUGCCAUUCAAAGUCAACCGAGAAAAAAAAAAAACAACACGUUCAUAGGGUUCGUUGAAUUAUUUUAUCACUGGCUAAGGUUAGGAAAGCUCAUUUGUGAACGCGAAAGAUCAUCAGCCUCCUAUGCAUCAAAUAUCAUUUUAUUCAUUAGCAAAAUGAUACUCCGCGGGAGGAACGAAUGCUUUGUAUCCCAGAUCAAUGUGAGUGUCAGGGCAAUGGGAACCCACCCCUCCCCAAACCUAACGUUAACCUUAACUGUUAUCAGUUGAUUGCGGUCAGGUUAGGAGAGGGGUGGGUGCGCAGACGCUAAUUUACCGACCUGUUCUGAAAUUUCUUUCUAUUGUGAACGUAGUUUUUUUUUUUUGAAAAAAAUUAUUUAGAAAAUUAUAUCAUGUUCUCUUUGUAGCGGCAUACGAAUUUAGGUAGACAGCCAAUUUUAAAAAGCGUACUUAAUUAGAAAAGAAUUAUUUCAGCGAAGUAUGAGAGAUUAUGUUAAAUCGUGACGACUGAAGAUGAAAAACAAAAACGAAAUGGAAUUAAGGAAGUGUAUAAACGUGAUUAAAAUUUAUUUCUUUAUAUUAA